CUCUUAACCACAUUUAAUAUAUGUUCACGUACCUAUAACUAUAACACUCUCUCGCUCUUCUCUCUCUCUCUCUCUAGGUGCAAAUGGUGGAGCAGGUAGCUUUCGACGGUGAACGGGACCCGUCGGAGGAGCAACUCCUGUUGCCGGAGGCCGGAAGUGGCGACCAGUCGUGGCGAUUGAACUUCGACGGAUUUCAGCUAUCGGAGGAGCACAAAGAGAAACCUCCUCGUGGCCUUCACGACUGUCUUGGGGUUUUAGGCCCAGAAGAUUAUGUGGCUGAGUAUUAUCAGCAGCAGGUUGAAAUGCUGGAGGGCUUUAGUGAAAUGGAUGCUUUAGCAGAGCGUGGGUUUGUCCCUGGAAUGUCAAAGGAAGAGAGGGAUAAGUUGGCUAGAAGCGAGACAACUGCAAUAAGAUUAUCAAAUGUUGCAAACAUGAUUCUCUUUGCUGCCAAAGUUUAUGCAUCAUUCAGGAGUGGUUCGUUAGCUAUUAUUGCAUCCACAUUGGACUCACUCCUUGAUUUACUCUCUGGCUUUAUCCUGUGGUUUACAGCAUUCUCCAUGCAGACACCAAACCCAUAUCAAUAUCCUAUUGGGAAGAAACGGAUGCAGCCAUUGGGAAUCCUUGUUUUUGCUUCUGUUAUGGCAACUCUGGGACUGCAGAUCAUCUUGGAGUCUCUGCGCACUCUGAUAUCUGAGGAUAGUGAGUUCAACUUGACGAAGGAGCAAGAACGAUGGGUUAUUGGGAUUAUGCUGUCUGUGACAAUUGUAAAACUCCUCUUGGUUCUGUAUUGCCGCUCUUUUACUAAUGAGAUUGUCAAAGCUUACGCACAGGACCACUUUUUUGAUGUCAUCACCAACAUCAUUGGCCUUAUUGCUGCAUUGCUGGCUAACUACUUUAGCGAUUGGAUGGACCCUGUUGGAGCUAUCAUUCUCGCCUUGUACACCAUUCGCACUUGGUCAUUAACUGUGCUGGAAAACGUCAACUCCCUCGUGGGAAAAUCUGCAGCACCAGAAUAUCUACAGAAGCUAACAUACCUCUGCUGGAACCACCACAAGUCCAUUAGGCACAUCGACACUGUCCGGGCCUACACAUUUGGGUCCCACUACUUCGUCGAGGUGGACAUUGUCCUGCCGGCAGGAAUGCCCUUGCAAGAGGCCCACGACAUUGGCGAGGCUCUGCAGGAGAAGCUGGAGCUCCUUCCGGAGAUCGAGCGUGCUUUUGUUCAUCUUGAUUACGAGUAUUCCCAUAAACCAGAGCAUGCUCAAGCACGUCUUUGAUUACUGGCUAGAUAAUACACUAAUUUUCUCGUAACCAUGUUCACUUGUGCUGCUGGGAAGUAUUCUAUACUGGGGAUAAUUGUAGAUGGUCAAUGUGAAGCAAGAAUCGUAGAUACUUGUGGAAUAUUUUCUAGUUCUUUCCUGGGCUUUGCUUGACACGAGAGCAUUGCGGUAAUCAAUUGUUUGGCUUGCAGUACAUUUUAAAUUGGAGUACAUUACUGGUUCAUUCGCACAUGAAA